GCAUCAGCAGCAGAUCACACACUCUUUCACACACACACACUUUCACACAGAACACACUCUUCCAGCUGCUCCUCCAGACCCAGGACCCCACCGGCUCGGCUCGGCUCUGGUGCCCGCCUGUGAGCGCUGAAUCCCGGCAGAGCGUCAUGCUGUAGCGGCGUCCGUCCAGCAUCAGUUUCCGCGUCGGGAAAGGAAUGAGAUCAGAGCAUCAAUGUUUCACUGGGGAAAGUGGAAGAAGAGGAUGGGAGCGAACAGUUCAUCCAAGAGGCCAGUGUUCGACGACAAGGAGGAUGUGAAUUUCGAUCACUUCCAGAUCCUCCGAGCCAUUGGGAAAGGCAGCUUUGGGAAGGUGUGUAUCGUGCAGAAACGGGACACAGAGAAGAUGUACGCCAUGAAGUACAUGAACAAGCAGCAGUGCAUCGAGCGGGACGAGGUCCGCAACGUGUUCCGAGAGCUGGAGAUCCUGCAGGAGAUUGAACACGUGUUUCUAGUCAACCUCUGGUACUCGUUCCAGGAUGAGGAGGACAUGUUCAUGGUUGUGGACCUGCUGCUGGGUGGAGAUCUGCGCUAUCACCUGCAGCAGAGCGUGCAGUUCGGGGAGGACGCGGUGAAGCUGUACCUGUGUGAGAUGACGCUGGCGCUCGACUACCUGCAGAGCCAACACAUCAUACACCGGGACAUCAAACCUGACAACAUCCUGCUGGACGAGCAAGGUCACGCGCAUUUAACAGACUUUAACAUCGCUACGAUAAUCAAGGAUGGAGAACGAGCCACAGCACUAGCAGGAACAAAGCCGUACAUGGCUCCAGAGAUCUUCCAGUCGUUUGUAAGCGGUGGAUCUGGUUAUGCGUUUGAGGUGGACUGGUGGUCGCUGGGUGUGACCAUCUUUGAGGUUCUGCGAGGUUGGAGGCCAUACGACAUCCACGCCAGUAAUUCAGUGGAGUCUCUGCUGCAGUUGUUCAGUACGGUUGUUGUUCAGUACAGCUCCACCUGGCACAAAGACCUCAUCUCGCUGCUGAGGAAGUUAUUGACUGUAAACCCAGAGCAUCGCUUCUGUAGUCUGGCUCAGAUGCAGACGGCGCCCUACCUCUCCGAUGUCAACUGGGACGACGUUUAUGAGAAGAAGAUGGAGCCCGGCUUUGUUCCCAACAAAGGUCGUCUGCACUGCGACCCCACCUUUGAGCUGGAGGAGAUGAUUCUGGAGUCUCGACCGCUGCACAAGAAGAAGAAGAGGCUCGCCAAGAACAGAUCCAGAGACAACAGCAAAGACUCGCAGUCUGAGAACGAGUAUCUUCAGGAGUGCCUUGAAGUCGUCCAGCAGGAGUUUAUGAUCUUCAACCGUGAAAAGCUGAAGCGGCGGCAGGAGGAGGGCUGUGCGGGAGCAGAUGCAGAUGCAGACGCAGACGAGGCUGAAGGAGGAACAGAAGACGAGGAGACGGAGCCUGAACCUGAGGCUGAAGCUGAGGCUGAACCCGAAGCGUCCUCCAAGCGGAGCAUGUGCGGGUCGGUGUGUUCGUCUCCAGGGAGCUGCUAGCGGCCGUCAGCACUAAAAGCUUUUCUAAGUUUUUGUCUUUUUUCCAGUCCAAAUAUCUAAACAUUCUUAAAUCAAGAAGCAUCAUUCAUUUUCCUUCAGCUUAGUCACUGAAUAAUCAGGGGUCGCCACAGUGGAAUGAACCACCAACUAUUCCAGCAUAUGCUUUACACAGCGGAUGCCCUUCUAGCCACAAGUUAGUACUGGGAAACACCCAUACACACUCAUUCACACACACACUCAUACACUACGGCCAAUUUAGUUCAUCAAUUCCUCUAUAGCACAUGUGUUUGGACUGUGGGGGAAACAAAGAGAAGCAAAAAUAAGCCUUUUUUAGACAAUAUAGUCAAGAUUUCAGUAAUAAUGAGUCAAAAUGGAGUGAGUUUUUGCUUAAACAAGCUAAAUAAUCAGACAAUGUGGGAGGAGAAAUAAUGUCAUUUAAAAACAAACACAAGAUUAUUUCAUUCACCCCAUUGGGAGAUUAUUUUGCUUAUUUAACCCUUCUGUUGAUUUAUGGGUCAAAAGUGAGCCAGGCAUCUUUUUAACUGCAGAAAACACAACCUAAGCAGUGUUUUUAUCUUAAAGUUUGGUGAAUUGAAUUGAAUUGAAUUGAAAGUACAACAGGUGUCCUUUGGGUCAAUUUUGACCCAUCAACUAUAAAACCAUUUUUACACACACACACUGAGACACAAACAAACAUAAACGGACACACAAACACUCAAACACACACUCUAAGAUAGAGGUUUGCGCAGAACUGGAUCUCAUCCCGCUCCCGCCAGGUUAUAUACUGAACCCGACCGCUCCCGCCGUAUAUUCAGUCUUUGUUCACCCGCUGCCCGACCCACCUCGUUUUCUACCAGACCCGACUGCUAAUUUAGAUCUAGUUUCUAAAAUCUCACAUUAAAAUUGGACACUACUAAAAGAGAGAGAUAACAGAGUAAAGUGUAGGUUGUGCAAGGAUUGUAGGCUAAAUGUCAGUUUUGUUUGCCUCUUUGUGAUCAGACAUGAGUGCCGCCUGACGUGCGGUGAGGUUUGUGGCUGGUGAGGCAUUGACUCUUUCAAAGUCAGAUUUACAAAUAUACAUCCACUCAAUAUAUAUCAUAUCAGACAGCCUUUAACA